AUGGCUAUAUUCUACCUUUUCACUCUCUUCCUCUUUCUAUGUCUAGGAAAGUCUCAAAUGACCACAUUUGCUACAAGCACCGUGCCACCGACAACCACGACCAUAACAACCCCAACUCCCUGCGGCACCCUUCCCUCCUGCCCGGACUCCCAAAUUUGCACCACCGCCGUCUUCUUCACCCCGACCGCCGCAUACACCACCACCGCCACCUGCGUGCCUAAGCCAACCUGUCUAGGAGUCUACGAAGUUUGCUCCUAUGGUAGCGGCCCCGGUUGCUGUUCCGGAUACUGUGCUGCAAGCCACUGUCGGAACACAGAUCCAAAUUGGCCGUACUGUCAGGAGGAUAUGGGGGUCUGUCGUGGGGAUGCGGACUGUUGUUAUGGGAAUCAGUGUAUCGCUGGAAUUUGCCUGCGCGGGGUCUAG